GAGAUUGACAUCUUCGAAUAACAGACCUCGAGAAGACAGCUGGUUAAAAUCCUUAUUUGUCCGGAAAGUUGAUCCAAGAAAAGAUGCUCACUCUAAUCUCCUGGCCAAAAAGGAAACAAGCAGUCUGUACAAAUUACAGUUUCACAAUGUUAAACCGGAAUGCCUAGAAGCAUACAACAAAAUUUGUCAAGAGGUGUUGCCAAAGAUUAAUGAAGACAAACAUUACCCUUGUACUUUGGUGGGGACUUGGAACACGUGGUAUGGCGAGCAAGAUCAAGCUGUCCACCUCUGGAGGUAUGAAGGAGGCUAUCCAGCCCUUACAGAGGUCAUGAAUAAACUCAGAGAAAAUCAGGAAUUUAUAGAAUUUCGUAAAGCAAGAAGCAACAUGCUUCUCUCCAGAAAAAAUCAGCUGCUACUGGAAUUCAGUUUCUGGAAUGAGCCUGUCCCACGGUCAGGACCGAAUAUAUAUGAACUCAGGUCUUACCAGCUCAGGCCAGGAACCAUGAUUGAAUGGGGCAAUUACUGGGCUCGUGCCAUUCGCUUCAGGCAGGACAGUAAUGAAGCAGUCGGAGGAUUCUUCUCUCAGAUCGGGCAGCUGUAUAUGGUGCAUCAUCUUUGGGCUUAUAAGGAUCUUCAGACCAGGGAAGAUAUACGGAAUGCAGCGUGGCAUAAACAUGGCUGGGAAGAAUUGGUCUACUACACAGUCCCACUUAUUCAGGAAAUGGAAUCCAGAAUCAUGAUCCCACUGAAGACCUCACCCCUCCAGUAAAGCCAUAGGAUUUAUACGUGCCUGCAUAGAUUUCUGUGACAAGUAUUUGUCAUGAAUUAAUUUUAAUUGUAUAUCAAGUGAAAAAGAAACACUGAAAUAGAAACUGCUGUAUAUAGCUUACGAGAGACCUCUUUUCUUUAAAAUUUACAUAAUCGCAAGAAUGGAAGCUAUUAGUUUGACAGAUUGCCGUCAUGCUCUGCCCUCUGGGAAACAGCCCUGUGAUUGUAGACUAGACCUGAUGGUACUUAACCACUCCUCCACCCUCCGGGAAGAGAGGGUUUGAGUUAAAAUUAGAAUUAUCCAACCAUGAAAAAAUUAGCCAUUUCUUUAUAAAAGGCAAAUCUGUUUUGUAUAAUCACAGAUUUUUAGACAAAUUUCUUGUAUCAGGAAGACAUAACAAUGUUGUCUUAUUUCUCUAGCAGUUUUUCAGAGUGUCGAAUAGAGCCAAAUUACGAGUGUACCCAAUACCCGAGCUGUUUGAACUCACUCUCAUGUGUAGUCAGUCAGCGUAGUAGGCAGUCUGCCAUUCCUGAGCUGGUCGUGGUGGGCAAGGGACAUUGUCAGUGAGUCGUCCUCACACAGGGCGUCGCGCUGUCUCCAUGUGAGAGGAACAGACGGCCUGAACCUGUGUAUCACGUGUGAUUUCGAAAAGAGCACCGUGGAUAGCACUCAUUUUUA